UCGGCUCGAAGUUGUGUAGUUUAAAGGCACAUCACUGUACAAACUAGAAGCACGUUUUUUUCCUAUUAAGUAACGUAGAAACAGUAACAUUCGAGAUAAAAAAGCUCAUACGACAAUGCCGCGUCAACCAGCACAUUGGAGAAAAUUCGUAUUCGUCUAUAUUUUCCAGUUAUUUUCAUAUGCAACUUCCACGGUGCAUGUACAACUGAUAGCACCGCGCUAUGUAACCUACGGGAGCACAGCAGUUCUCCAUUGCAAUCAUAGUGUCCCAGAUGCUUCCUUGCAUAAAGUCGAGUUCAUGAAGGAUGACAAGACGAUAUUACGAUACAUAAAGGAUAGGAAACCGCCGUUCCUUAAAUGGGGGGUAGACGGUGCAAACAUGGAGUAUAUGGCAAAUGGCACGACAAUCAAAUUAAAGGACGUUCGUUUCGAGGCGUCUGGUUCGUAUUCCUGUCUGGUUUCGAUGACGACUCCUAUUUAUGCCCAGCCUUCCGACAUCGUUCAAAUGAAAGUCAUAGUACCACAGACUGAAAACCCGAAAAUCACAUUCAAGAAAGGAAUGUACAUGGUGGGCGAAAUUUUAGAAGCGAAUUGCACCUCCUCGGCUGCGCAUCCAGUUCCUCACUUGACUUGGUAUAUAAACGGCAAGGAGGUGGAUAUUAGCCUGGUUAAUCAUUAUCCUCACACGCGUCACAAGGACCAAUUGAUGUCCGCGACUGCGAAACUAAUGAUAGAGGUUUCCGCGUUGCAUGCAGGGGAGAACGGAUAUCUAGAGAUCAGCUGUUAUUCCACCAUUCCGGAUUACCCGUUGCACCAGGAACAGUACGCUGAUGUCAGGGAGGAAACGGUUUCGGUGGAAAUAAAACCCGCGCCGAUCGCUGAAUCCUCGAGGGCCCGUGGAUGGCCUUUAGCUACAUUACUAUGCAUCCUUUGUACGAUGCACAAAAUCAUUCCUUAAUAAAAAGUCAAUUGCUUUAGGAUAAUUUAACGAAGGAACAGGAAGAAAGAAUGAAAGAAAAAAAAAAAAAAUGAACAACCUAAUUGUGUAAUAUACGUAACGAGGAGGUAACAAGCGGAGAUAAGGGAGAAUCGAGGGAUAUAUAUAUAUUAUAUUAUAUACAUAUACGUAUAUAUAUAUAUUGAAGAACGAACAAUCACAAUGUCUUCCUUGAUUAUACCGAAAUACACGGGGGGCAGCGAUUUUAUUGUCUUGCAGAAAAAGAAAAAAAAAAAUUUUAUAAAUCAUAGACGCGGCUUCUUCGUGCAACUAUUUUCGAUUGUCGCUUGUAUCGAUCGUUAUCUAUUUCGCGAAUUAUAAUGAAUCGUGGCCACGGAAAACGGCGAAUGAGAUACCGUAGCGCAUAGUCGAUUCGCCGAUGAUUAAUAAUUUCUUCUUAACACUUCCGCUACCGCGCCGUCUCUUGUCAUCACGCGAUACCGCGUGCUCGACCGUCAACCCUUUUAACGAGAAAUAAAAAUAUACCUUGACCCGAGGAGAAAGUUCAACGUAUGGUAGCGAACGUGUUAAAGAGACGAAAAAUAGGAAAAAAAGAGGAUGAAAAGGGACACAUAUUCGUAAACAGAUACAUACAUACAUUACAUACACACACGGGCGCAUUUUCUAACAGAUACAUUUGUCGGGUCGACCGCAAGAUUAAUCCAUUUAUCGUCGUUCGUAUAUUCGUGUUUUCCGUUCAAAUCCUUUAACCACGUUGACAGACUAUUGCAUAGAAUAAUUGUGUUCGUGAGAGAUCAAAGUGGGGGAGUUUAAUGUAUUCGCGAUAGUAUAUAUCAAUUACUGUUUCACCUAGUUUUUAGACGGCUACAGUAUUACUCUCUUUAAGUGAGACACCGGUUCUAUGUUAAUUAGAAGGGGAUAGAACCAUCUAUUUUGUACUGUUCACAGUUUUAUGUGAUAGAGAUGAUAAAUUACCAGCAGGUACCAAUUAAGUUAUAUUAUUAAGAAUUGAAAAUGAAGGGUGACAAUUGCAAUAGCACUUGAAACAUCAUAUUACAAAUUUAACUCGUUAAAGAAAUUAUCCACAUCUUUCGUUUUUUAUUUUUAGUCGAUCAACAUUCGUAUUGAAACGGUAUAAAUAGCAGGUGAAAUUGGAUUAGCGAAUUAUUUCAGAAAUUAUUCAUCGUAAAAGCAAUUAUGUGUUCCUGAAUAGAUGAGUUUAUUAAUUCACCGCUUAAAGGGGUAAUGCUGUACCCUUAAUAUGUGUAAGAUGCAAUCUUGAACGUUCGAUGAAUAGAUAAUUGAUUCGAUCGAAUGUUUCUAUCGACCGAUACACGGUGUAAUUGAAUGUCAAUUCGUAAGUCGAAUUUCUUGUUCGAAAUUAAGCUACGUAAUCGUUGUUCGAGGUAAAUGUUUUUUAAGCGUGUUUCUUAUUUCAAAGUUAACUUGGAAUAGUUCAAAUCUUUUAUAGUGCUAAUCGACGUACCUUUAAAUUGUUAUUUUCUAGUCAUUAACUUAAUUUUAUAUUCACACCUGUAACUAAAGAUGAGCAUUGCGAUCAAUUAUUUGAAUCUAUUUUACAUCCUAGUUCGAACAUGAUCUAAGUGCUCGUCCUAAAUGCUAAUUUUUAAGUAAAAUCGACAGAUUACGAUGUACCUAUAUAUUUCAUAUAUAUAUACAUAUAUUAAGAAAAAAAAAACAUAUUAUGAUAAGUUGUAAGUACAUACGAGCUUCGUACGUGUGCACGUGAAAAAAGAUUUCGUUUUUUCGUGUUUCUCAGAUCUAUUUAUAUACACGUAUAUUAAAUAUAGCGUACGCAGAAUGUAUGUUAGUCUAAAGCAGACAUCCUAUCGACAAAUCAGAAAAACUAAGACUGUUAUACCUUGUUAUUAUAUCGACGAUGUUAUUCGUUUAUGCUAAUACAGUAUAGUUGCUUUUCGUCGCGUUCCUCGUGUUUAAAAAAGAGAAAUAUCACAGAUGCAUCCUGUAUACCACUAUCAUUAACAGAUUACCUCUAUUUCAGACAUUUUUCUCUACAGGAAGUGUUUAAUUUUCAUGGAAAUUUUCUCUUUAAAAUACCAGUGUUUGUAGAGGAGAUACAGGGACAAUUGUUGGCAAUUUUUUGUAUUAGUAAUUAAAAUCAGAAAGGAUUUGUUAAAAAAAGUUAACAGGUUUCUGUAAAAAAAAAAUUCCCAAAGAGAGAAGCUCGUUUGGCCCCUCUGAGUAGGCAUCCACCCUUAAGCCCUUUGAUCGUUUUUCAUUGCAGCGAUUUUACGAUCGUCCUUAUAUCUCUUCGAUCGACGAUACACGCACACGUAGCUUGCCCUCGAGAGCCUGCUUCAUCGCAUAACAACGUGUACUAUUUUUAACAAAAAAAAAAAUAUGUAACGAUACAGAGGGGUAGUGAAAGAAGUUACAAAGUUCGCGGUUAUUUUGUUAUCGUUAUCAAGCUUGUAAAAUCAGUCCGUAGGAAAACAAGGUGUAAUUAUAGAAUAUCCUUGCCUACGCACCGAGCUCACCACCUCGAUCAAUAAAAUUGUGUAUACGAGAGCUUUCCAGGGCAUCCCACGUGUGCACAACUCUAAAACGCUUCCGUUCCCUUUUUUUCCGAUGUAAUGCGUUCUGUGAAACCGAGAGAGAGAGAGAGAGAAAAGGAGAGACAAGAGAGCGAGCGUGUUUUACCUAUAAGUAAUCUCUAGUAAGUGAUACUUUUGAGAUAUCGUGCAACAUAUCGUAGCGUUAUAAUUACACGUAAAGAGUUAAUCUUUCCGAUCCUCACGGCUACUCGAUAGUGCUCUGUUGUUCUCGAGAGGUGCCCAAUAAUAGCCCCCCCGACACAAUGGAUACGCUGACGAGAGCACGUUCCAACUCUCUUUAUCCUACUGGGUGAGUCACGAUGAAUAGAAUCAACCUAAAUACAACAAUAUUCGAGUGACGUUAAAUGAAAUAUUCCGAUAGACUGUGUUCACGCUGGAAUUGUUGAGGGACUUCAAACUGGGGGGUAGUUAAUUUAUUUGAUUUUCCAGUUCACGCUAUUUUACCUCGUGGGAAAGAUCCGUUUAUUAUAAAUGACAGAGUACUAGAAUAAAGAAAAAUGAGAGCAAACAAAUUACUUGCGCUCUACCAUUUACUCUGCUAAUGUAAACUAGCCUUCGAGCCUAAUAAACGGAUUUUUUCUAUCGGCCUUACUCUGCCAAUGUAAACUGAACUUUAGAGAGCGAAUCCGAGCUAGUAUUACUUAGGGAGGAUACGAUAGUGUCCAAUGCUGAAAGCAUAGCUUGUGCCAUUGUUAUUAGAGAAGAAAGUAUCUCCUGGACUCUGUAGAAAAAUAGUUUCUUCUCUCUUUUACAAAAACCGUAGCGAUUCGUGUGUAGUGUUUUACGACUCACCUUGUAUAGAGGCAGCGAGCCGCAUAUCGGGAAACAAAAGGUGGUUGAGCCGCGAAAAAGGCGGCAAUUCACGGUGCUCGCAAACGAUCAAGAUGUUGUUGUUGUUCCUGUUAUUGUGCUCUUUUCAAGCGUUCAUCCAGCCUGUUGACGUAAUACUUUCGAACGAGUUGAAGAGAAGCAGGAAAAUCCUGUCGACAAAGUCGAUAGCCGUGAGGAUAGUCGGCGGGGAAGUGACCGACAUACGGAAGUAUCCGUUUCUCGUAGGUGAAAUGCGCCCGUGAUGUUUCCUAUAUACUAUUUAAUCUGUACAGGUUGUUUAAAAAAAAAAAAAGGAAUUCAAGAUUUUACAGAGAAAAGAAACAGUACUCGUCAAUUUCGCCAUCUGAGAGAAUUUCUUUUUAAUCACAACGAGUGCUGUAUAUUCUGUAAUGUCUAAAAUCUUGAUUAAACAUCCUGCAGAUAUUCGAAUACCUCUGAUUACUUUCGAGAGAUGUAAAAAGAUAAAAGAGGGAAUCAGUGUCGAAACUAUGUCAAUUUAUAAUCUUUCCUAGCACGUGUCGUAGGCUAACGAAGAUCGGUUACGAAUUAUUUUAUUAUUAUCCGUAGAAACUAGCGGUGUAACGCCCAAUAUCCUAUCAAUGGAAUUGAAGGAAGAUCGAGAGGAGGUUGUUUGAUUCCUUCGAAAACAGGGAAAUAAGUUUUUGUAAACGAAAGGAUGGAUCUCUCGAAAUGAUUCAGAAUGAUUCGUACGCGUGUCACGAGAGGUUCGCGGAUGACGAAACCGAAUUUUUAAUGUCAAUUUCUGGUAGGUCUCGGUCCAAAGGCGACAUAUUAGCCAUACCUGCGGAGGUACUUAUAUAGCGCCGAGAUUCGUUUUGUCAGCCGCUCAUUGCAUGGUCAGGUGCGUUUUAAAAUGUCUGUAAGACUGCAAUACUUAAAGGUAGAUUUAUAUUAUCCGUAUCUGUGAUCCAUAAAAACACACGAUAGCAAUAGAAAAAAUUUACUCUCAAUAUUUUGCAUUUGUUUUAUAAUAAAUUAUGUGAUUUAGUACAAAAUUUUCCAUUAGGCAAUGUACUUCAGUUUGAAACGAAAAAUAUUUUAAGAAAAAAUCUUAACGUUCAUUGUUUUCUGUAAAAUUUUAAUAUUAUCAAUUAUACCACCUGUUACAUGACACUCUGUAUAUGCAGACUGUAAUUACUGCUGGAUAUUCGAUAUUCUCUCUUGUAAGUCUUCAAGCAAGUCAAGCAUAUUCGAGUUUCAAAUUACCUCGAUAAUUACUCAAAGUGAAAAAUUACUGAAAAUUCUAAUAAUAAUUCCAAUCCAGUAUAAAAUAAUUACUUUAAACCCGGAUGUGUUCCAUGUUUGAGCAAAUAAUAUAAAUCUAUCUUAACCAAAUCUCUUUGCUCUUCACUUUAAAAUGGUAGCAGAAUCAUCGACACAUCAGUUUUGAUUAAAUCUUUCGCUAUGAUAGAGUCUUUCGUUCAUAGCGAAAGAGUUAAACAUUUUCACUACUGAUUCCUCCUACUUUAUAAUCCUAUCAUCGAUUGCAAAAAUGUUCUAGUUGCAAAUCGAUGAAAACUCUUGCAUUGGUGCUUUCAAGAAGAUCCUAUUUACUGAUAGAUUCAAAGUGCUUAGAUAAUCAUUUUUGCAUUGUUCUAUUCAUUCUAAUAAGAAACCAAAGUGUGAGAGAAUGUAGUUAGAGAAAAUUAGAAUUUUUUAUAAAUAUUCAUACUUGAUCAUAAAUUUGUCUUUAAACAGUAGGCGUUCAAAUUCUAUAAUAGUUGAUACAAUAAAUAAUUAGGAAUGUGAAUUGAAUGAAUAGAGUUCCAUGAUAGCUAUUAAUAUUAGAGAAUUAAUUGAACUUUCGUUUCAUCAUUGAAAAUUUGCAAUCAAUCUCUUCAAAUAAAUAGAAAAUCGAUUUCAUUUCGAGUGCUUGAAGCAACGAUACCAUAGGGAUUAAUUAGCUGGGUCGUAACGAAGCGGGUAGUAAUUUACACGUGUGUUAUUAUUUUUCUAUCGCGAUCGUGAAUGAAAGAGGUGAUUUCAUUGAUUCACGCGUAUUCUCGUGCUACCAUUUUACGGUUGUAGAGCAGUCUUCGCUCGUAGCGCUUUCAUUGCUAUCAUAGACACACGUAUGCUGCUUUUCAGAACUUUGAACAUGCUGAAUACACACGUGUGGAAUUAAUUGGUCGCUCAGGGUGAAGAAUAACCCUUCCCACUACGCUAUCUAGACCAGUGAUUGGAAUUAAAUUAAAUUGAAAAUAAAUUCCUUUCUUGAGCGACCAAUAAGAACCAUAAAUCUUUAGAUUGCCGAAUGUGCAAUCUAGAGCAAAGUGUCAGCGUAGAAAGAAGCUGUUAGACUAUCACACUAUAUGUACAAAACAAAAAAACAGAUACUUACAUUUUCUAAACACAAAAGACACAAAGUAUGAUUCAUGUUCCCGUAAUUAUUUUUAAUUGCGAGUCAGCAUACGUAGUAUUAAAAACAAGGAAAUAAGAAAACAGUAGCGAUCGCAGCAGUGAAAGGGUUAGUGGCGUUAGAUGUUAUUAAACUUGUGUAACGAUUAAAAAAAAAAAA